AUGGCCGAGAUCGAGUACCUGAAGAGCCUACAGGCUGUGCGCGAGCGCGCAAAUCUGGUCCUGAAAGCCGCCGAAAACGAUGAAUUGACGCACUUCUCCUAUCACCCGAAUAAGAUGGGGGAAGUGGCGGAAUAUGUGACUGGCAUUAUCAAUCGAGACUUUGGACCCGAUAAAUUUGACAAGAUCCCCCCUCACGGUCGGUGGCAACACUUCGAGAUUGGUGGUGUUCCUCGAGUGGAUCAGCUCAUCAAGUCCUGGCAAGAGGAGGGAUAUGAUAAGAUUGAGGUCACUCGGCGACUAAUUGAUCUCUUCUUCGUCGCUGUGCUGCUGGAUGCUGGUGCUGGUGACUUUUGGAAAUUUACCGAGCCCGGAACCGGUGAUGCGUAUGGGCGGAGUGAAGGAAUCGCCGUCGCUGCAUUAUACAUGUUCAAGGCAGGUUCUUUCACAAGCAAGUCAGGAGCUGAUAGCGAGUUGGUUGAUGGUCAGGGUCUUGCAUCCCUCAAUAUCGAUACGUUCCGAAAACACUUCCAGAUCACAGCUGAAAAUGAGAUUAUCGGAGACGUCUCACGUGUCAGUCUUCUGAACAGUGUAGGAAAGUCAUUUUUGAGUCUACCAGAGAUUUUCGGGGAAGCUGGUCGACCUGGAAACCUUGUUGACUACAUACUGGCUCAAAAGAGUGGGAAUGAGUUAGAAUAUGAGACAUUGUGGAAUGUCCUUCAAAAAACUCUUCUGCCGGCAUGGCCCAAGAAUCGAACUCAGGUGGAUGGCGUUCCCAUCGGAGAUUCUUGGCCCCUGGAGGUUCUAGCAAAAGUGAACAAAGGAGAAAGCGAAAGCAGAACCGCAAAUAUCCAGCCCUUCCACAAGUUGACACAAUGGCUUGCAUAUUCCUUGUCGGUUCCUUUUAUCCGAGUGCUAGGCUUCGAGUGGAAGAAUCUCAGCUUGGGAACGGGGCUUCCAGAAUAUCGCAAUGGCGGCUUAUUUGUUGAUAUGGGAGUCCUUCAGUUGAAGGAGACUGUCUUGCAGCAAGGGCGAGCAAAUUCCCAGCAGGAGACACCAAGCUUUGAAGCUACUAGUGAUGUGAUUGUUGAGUGGCGAGCUAUGACUGUGGCUUUGCUUGAUGCGCUCUACGAGACUAUCCGAGAUAGCUUUGCCAAGCAAGGCGUCCAGUUAAAUAUGGCACAGAUGCUUGAGGCUGGUACUUGGAAGGGAGGCCGAGAACUUGCAGCGAAAUAUCGCCCUUCGACUAAAUCCAGUCCCAUCGUAAUCCAAGGAGAUGGAACUCUAUUCUAA